AGUCUCGAAAAAUCCUUUCUUUUUGUUUGAAGUCAAAAAUAUGUUUUGUAACGUUAUUUCAAGCUUGAAAAAAUUUGACCAAAUUUCCGAAAUCAUAUGGGUGAUCGUGGCGAUGGCGGCCCAGGGUGUAUACUCCUGCGAAUUCGAGGUGUUUGGUAAAGUGCAGGGUGUCAACUUUCGGCGGCACGCAAUGCGGAAGGCCAAAACCCUGGGACUCCGCGGAUGGUGCAUGAACUCGCGCAGAGGAACAGUGAAGGGCUACAUCGAAGGUCGUCCCGCCGAAAUGAACGUGAUGAAAGAGUGGCUCAGCACCACGGGAAGUCCCCUCAGCAACAUCGAGAAAGUCGAGUUCAGUUCUAUGAGGGAACGCACUCGAUAUGACUAUGCCAACUUUCACAUCAAGCCCGAUUUGUCCGAAGAGGUAACAAACCAAAUUGGCAGUAGUUCGAGCCACAAUGAGAGUCAUUAGAGGAUUUUUGGCGGAAAAAUAAAAUUAAAGGUCAUUCAAUUUUCCACAAUUUUAUUAAGGUUUCCCAAAACUAUGUUUUUUAAUAACAUGAAAAUAUUUUAACCUAAACCGAUUUUGGGAAAUAUUGAACAAAAUGUAUUAAGUAUUUAUAAAAUAUUUUUUUAAUAAAUAAUGUAAAAUUC